GAACCCCAUCAGCCAAAUCUAUAAAUCAGAGUAAAAUAAAAUCAGCAAAACCUUUAAAAGAAACAGCGACGUGUCUGGAACACGUUAGUGGUUUAUUCUGAACUGCACAUUUUUUAUUACUAGAAUAUAAUAAGCUGUAAAUUAAGAAUUCGGAUCGAGAUGAAGUGGAGAACUUUGCUCUUUCUUUUCACCUGCUUUCUGAUGCAGAAAGUAAUCUUUGGAGAUGAUGAGCCCAUUACUGUAAAAAAAGGAAUAGGCAGCUUUAAGUUCACAUGCACUAAAGGAAACUGGGCAUCAGAUUGGGUCGAAAAAGAGAUCACCUUAGACAACAAAGAUGAAGAUUCUGGAGAAUAUAAGUGUGGGGUGGAGAAUAGUGAUGAGAAAACUAUUACAAUUAGAUUCAGAACGUGUGACAACUGCAUUGAAAUCGACGCGCCUUCCUUGACCGGCAUCAUCGUGGGGAACCUUGUGACCACCUUUCUCAUCGGUUAUGCGGUGUAUAGCAUUGUUUCUCAACCCAAAGGCAAAACCUUCUCUGGAAACAAAGCAUCAGACAAAGUAAAUCUGAUCCCCAACGGAGACAGAGAGACAUAUCAGCCGCUGGCUGCAGGUCAAAGUUCAGAGUACAGCAGGCUGGGAGUCCGAAAGAACUGAUCAUCCUCAGAAUCAUGAACCUCAGAGUUCAGAUUUCAGUCGUCUCGUUUCAUGGGAACCCCAUCGAUUGUUUGUAUGAAAAGAACAUAUAAUUGUAUGCUUGCAAUAUAUAUAUAUAUAUAUAUAUAUAUAUAUAUAUAUAUAUAUAUAUAUACAUUUAUUUAAUUUUUUAUUUUUUUACGUUUGUUUGUCAGAGUAAAAAAUGUAUCAAAAAAAAAAAAAAGAUCUAAAGUUAACCUAAAGGGGCCAAAAUUUUGUGGACACCUGGAUAUCAGAUGUGCCUCUUUUUGAACAUCCAAUUCCACAUUAAGUCCUCAAUUGCUGUCCACUUUUCAGGGAAGACGUUCCACUAGAUUUUGUGGAGAUUUGUGAGAUUUCAUUCAGCCACAAGUGUGUUAGUAAAGUCAGGCGCUGAUGUAGGUGAGGCCUCCAUCUUUGUGUGAACACUUCGGGGGAAAAAACCCCACACAUGGCCUGAAAAGUCAGGUGUCCCAAUACUUUUGGCAAUAACGCAAUAAUUAAACUCGCUGUAAAUAUAUGACCGUUGAUGCCAUGUGGAGGUUAAACAUCGUAAUCUAGAACAUGACAAGUACAGUAUAUCUUUUAUAUUUGCCUUUUUACGAUGAUUUACGUAAUCAAACUCUCCGGCUCGUGCUGUUACUAUAAAAUAAUCAAACGUGAGUUGGCGUGAUGAAGCAGAAUUACUGUUAGCACCCUGAAGCUGAUUGUUUUCUCAUUACAGCAUGUCUGAAAAUGUCUUUUUUUGCUCUCAUGCCACAGCAAUUUACAAUCUUUUUUUAAUUGAAAUUCAAACUUCAAAGUUAUGACGUUUUGGAAGUAAAACUGAAAGCUUUAAGAGCUGAAACUGACGCCUGAUGCGGACUCCUUCCGGAAACGUCUCAGAAAAACGCAGCUUAGGUUACAUGAAGCGUCUUCUACACAAGUCUGUACGAAUCCUUAAUACAACAACGGUAAUGAUACGCCUCUAAAUAUUGCCAGGGAGAUUGCGUUAUUGAAAUGAAGCUAGCAUCUGACCAAUCGGAAUCCAGAAUUCAGCAGUACUGUAUCAUAACACAACAACUUGGAUAAUUGAUUUGAUACGAGGGUCAAAAUUUGAACAUUAUUUGUCCUGAAAUUUAAUCAAAACCUUUUUUUUUUGUGUGUCCAUGAAAGAUCGCUGGAAUGUUUAGGCGCUACACAGGCUUAGGUGGUGAGUUUAUUAUAUUAAAAUGUUAUGUAUAUAAAAAUGUAUUCAAAUAUAUUUAAUGAAUCGACACAAAAAAGCAGCAAAAAAGAUCUCGGUAGGAUGAGUUGAAGUAGACGUCCACAUGUAAGGAGAUCGAAUUGUUAAGAAAGUGGGCAGGUGAAGACGAGGCACAGUCUUAGUAUAUAUAGUUUUUAGUUUUUUUUUAUGGUGUUUAAGAGACACAUUUAUGUUCCUUUUGUUUCUAUGCAACAGACUCAGUAAUGUAACAGUAUGAAAAUUUCCUUUAACCAAACAAAUCUUUAAAUGUGCAGAUGUUCCACUUUAUUUGAAAUCCUCCCUUAGCAUGAAGAACAGCCUUGUGCACUUUCAGCACCCGGACAGUUCUUUUCUCCAAACAUUCAGCUGAAAUAUUUUGUUGGGUCUUUUGUAAAACUCGCUAAAGAUGUUCUUCACUAGAUUUCUGGAUCAUCCCAGAGCAGUUCAGCAGGAUUUAGGUGUGGUGACUGGGCAGGGCGUUCAUGAUAGGUAUCACUUCAGAUGAUUGUUUGCUCUCUAAACAACACUUACAGAACUCGGACGUACGCUUCGGCUUAUCACAUAUAGUGAAGUCUGAUCCAUAACCCAAACCAUUAAGCUUCCACCUCGAUGUGUGAUUGUGGGGGUGAGGCAGUCUGAUCACAUCUUCUCUCCAGUUUUAUGUCUCACACAAGUUCUUCUGUUUGGGACAAAAAUGUCCCAUUUGGACUCCACAGAACCUUCUUUUAGUCCAAUCUUUACCCUCCAAUUCUUGUGUGGUUCUGCUUUUUCCAGAGUUUGUUACAUAUAAACAAAAGCAACAUGCAUGCAUCUCCAAAAUGACAAGACUUUGUGUUUUCACACUUUUUUUGUUACAGACGCUGUGAAUUUGCUUUGCAUUUAAAAACAUUUACACCAAUUAUUUUCUUUCGAAUUCUAGACUUUUCAAAUUCCUGCCGACUUCUUCACUUUAGCCUCAAUGCUAAUAAAUAAUAGCUAUCAAGCUAAUACCUGCAUGCCUACUGACAAGUCUUUAUACAGUUAUUUACUUAAUUAUACAGUUGAUCGGGUCUCCUGUUUUUAUUUUUUAAAUUAUUAUUUUAGAUUUUCUUGUCUGUGAGGGUUUUUUUUCUGUAUGUUUUCCUGCUCUUCUGAUGCUCUCAUCGAUCAUGAUGAGAAGAUGCCAGUCAUGCGAGCGUGAGGUUUUGUAAUAUAAUUCAUGCGUCUUGAUAUUUUACCGAUUCGAUUACAAUUGAUGUGAUAUAGAUAUAAAAAUAAAUUAAAAUCAUUACUGUUUUAUUUUGUGAUGCUUGUACAUUUAAUAAAGCCGAAAAUGAA